AACCCGGAUGAUGCACGCUGCUUGUAUAGCCCGUUUGGUUUUGUAGAGAGUUUCUACGUAACUUCGCACGUACAAUCCACUAACCGAGCAAAAUUUAGAAAUCAUUGUAAAUCCCAAAUAUAUCUGCAAAAUAUGAGAAGACUACAGAUAGACUUACCUUUGCUUUUUAUCUUUGCUGUAUAUUUUACAACUUAUACGUCGGCAACGGUGGAUAUCGGUUUGAUGGAAUUUUCACUGUCUGGCAGAAAUUCGGCAGUAGGUCAAAGCGCACGGGCCGUAUUUGACAAAGGAGAAGAGCACUUGCGAACGAAUUAUGGUUCACUACUAAAUGUGACGGGAGCCAGAUUUUAUGAGCAAGGGGCUUGUUAUGACGCGCCAGACGCGGAAUCCAAGGCACUUGAUUGGGCUGCACGCCAUUAUUACAUGCAGACCACUGGCAAUCCCGUUUUGGCCAUGAUUGGUCCAGAGUGCUCACCAGUAACACAAUCCUUGGCCAGUUUUGCAACAGAAUGGAACAUACCAAUGCUGAUUCCGAAUUUGGGACAUUCGUCCUUUUACGACAAACGGCGUUAUCCCACGCUCACACGGGUGACCCCGUUUUCUCCGGAAGAAAUCAACGUAGCUCUCUACAAAGAUACUGAGUGGCUUUGGUUACAAUACGGUCGGGAUUUUGUGUGAUGAUACGAAAUGAUGGCCGCAGAAGGUCCGUUGUGGCUAUAAUCAUGUGUUCAUCGGUCUUCCAUACCUUGCGCUGGACCUAUAAUCUAGCGCCAGCCGAUACCACAUCAAUGGCACUGACAGGCAAGACACUAUGCAUUAUCUGGAAGAAAUCAAGUCUGUUGCCCGAGUUGUUCUCAUCAUUGCACACGGCAGCCGCAUCCGAUCCAUUAUGUUGGCUGCUUCAGAUAUGCAAAUGACGAACGGAGAUUACGUAUAUUUUGCCUUUGAACCUUUUCAAAAUCCACAAGUUGUCGGCAACAUGACAUGGCGUUCAGGAAACCUAGAUGGACGGGAUGAGGAUGCUCGUAUGGCGUUUCGGUCGCUCUUCAAAAUAUCACCCCCUGUGCGGUACGAAGAAAACCCAGAAUAUCGCAAUUUCACCCAGGCGAUAAAACAAUUAACCAAUGAAAAGUAUGGUUACCCGCUCUCUGAUCAAGAAGAGGUCAGCCCAUCCGCCAUGGCCUACUACUUUGCAACGUCCAUUUAUGGCCAGGUUGUAAGCGAAAUGGCAAAGUCGGGAUCCGGCGGGGAUCCGCACGACGGUGCGGCAGUUUCCAGGCUGAUGUGGAACCGAACGUACACUAUCUUAGGACAGGAGAUUUUCAUAAAUGUUAGUGGAGACCGCGAAUCAGACUGGGUUCUUAGUCAACCCGACGUUAAUGGCAAUUUCAAGCCCAUUAUGGAGUAUUCCGCCCGGCAACGAAUUCUUCAGCCAAGCCGCGACCCACUGGACAACAGUAUUCGUCAGAUUGUAUGGCCUAAUAAGCGUUCCAGUCCUCCGUUGAAUGAACCGCUUUGUGGCUACCGAGGAACAAAAUGCGUAUCUGGUGAUGGAGGUGGUCGGAAUACCGUUGGCGGUGUUGUUGCGGAUGUAUUGCAGGGAACAGCAAGCUGGCAACAAGGUUCCCCUAUCCAAAAUGCCUUAAAUUCCACCGUAGAUUUAAUUCAGCAGUUUUUUUCGGUUUUUAAUCAGUAUAGGCGCAUUUUACACAUUUAAACGAUGACAGAUACGUUCAGUUUUCUCCAUUUAAUUUUUCAAUAAAUCCCAAAAUUUUGAGAAAACAAAGGUAACUGCCGCUGGAUUGAGCAAACCCUAUCAAGUGUCCUAAGCUGUUUAGUACCGCAACAGAAAACGGUAGUAAAUUUGACUGUGUCGUCAUUUGUUAUGUUAAUGCGUUUGUUAUUGUUGUGAUGCAGAUAAUUUUUUUUACGUUGUACGGUUGUACCGACCGCAUCUCACGGCCCUCCCGAGUUAUUUUUUGCAGAAUAAUAGAUGAUUUACCAUUUGUUGAUUUGCAGCGUGGAGCAAAAAUUAAAGCGCAGCA